ACCAGGAAAUAAAAGAUAGGCGGUGGUCUUUCUUCCUGAUUGAUCUUGCAAAGACUGAAGACCUCUUAGAAUCCAUCUAAAUCCAACAUGGAUAGUCAAGGGAGGAAAGUAGUUGUGUGCGAUAAUGGCACAGGGUUUGUCAAGUGUGGUUUUGCAGGUAACAACUUUCCUUCCCACAUCUUCCCGUCACUGGUUGGGAGACCUAUCAUCAGAUCAAAUACUAAAGUUGGUGAUAUUGAGAUCAAGCUUAAUAAGGAUUUAAUGGUUGGUGAUGAAGCCAGUCAGCUUCGGUCUAUGCUGGAAGUCAAUUACCCAAUGGAGAAUGGUAUAGUGAGGAACUGGGAUGACAUGAGGCAUGUAUGGGACUACACGUUUGGUGAAACAAGGUUGAAUGUCAAUACAAGAGAAUGCAAGCUUCUUCUCACUGAACCGCCUAUGAAUCCAACCAAGAAUAGAGCAAAGAUGGUCGAGGUCAUGUUUGAAACAUAUGGAUUUGCAGGAGUCUACAUUGCUAUUCAAGCUGUUCUUACAUUGUACGCCCAAGGUCUACUGACAGGCGUAGUGGUUGAUUCAGGUGAUGGUGUGACACAUAUCUGUCCUGUCUAUGAAGGUUUCUCUCUUCCUCAUCUAACUAGAAGAUUAGACAUUGCUGGUCGGGAUAUCACCAGGCAUCUCAUCAAAUUGCUUCUCCUUCGAGGCUAUGCUUUCAACCAUUCUGCAGACUUUGAGACCGUCAGGGCUAUGAAAGAGAAAUUGUGCUAUGUUGGGUACAAUGUGGAGCAAGAGCAAAAGCUUUCAAAUGAGACAACAGUACUGGUGGAAAGCUAUUCACUUCCUGAUGGGCGUCAGAUAAAGGUCGGAGGUGAAAGGUUUGGUGCACCAGAGGCUCUCUUCCAACCACAUCUAAUCAAUCAAGAAGGAGUAGGAAUAUCAGAACUACUCUUCAAUACAAUCCAGGCUGCUGAUAUAGAUACGAGACCAGAGUUUUACAAACACAUAGUAUUAUCAGGUGGUUCUACCAUGUACCCAGGCUUCCCAUCCCGUCUAGAAAGAGAGAUCAAACAACUUUACCUUGAAAGAGUGCUAAAGGGUGACACUUCAAAGCUAUCCAAAUUCAAAUUGAGGAUUGAGGAUCCACCGCGACGUAAGCACAUGGUGUUCCUUGGUGGGGCUGUGCUAGCAGACAUCAUGAAGGAUAAAGAUACAUUCUGGAUCUCCAGAGAGGAAUAUGAGGAGAAGGGACUCAAAUGUCUUGAGAAGCUUGGAGUCAAAGCAUAGAGAGGACCACCCCUCACAUUAUCAUCGUUUGUCACCUGGCUGCUAUAACAACAUGAUGUCCAUGUGUUGAAAGUCUCUUUGAUGCAGUAAGACGACAAGUUUAUAUUUCACUAAUAGCUCUCAUUCCUUGUAUAAGUUGUGUUUUUGGUGCAAAACAUCAGAUUUUAAGGUUUAUAUUGUGAGUUGAGUCAGGCAGAGGGUAAAACACAUGUUCUAUACUGAUUUUUCUCUCUCUGACAGUACAGAUUAUUUAUGCCCCCUCAUAGAUUUGGUUAUUCAACAUCUAUUGCUACAUUUACUGGAUGUUAACUUACAAAGGUAACAAAAGGUAUCUCUUAGUUUAUCGUAUAUCUGCUUUUAGAUAUGCAAGAAUAAAUUGAUGGAUUCGGUGUAAAGAUGGAAUUAAAGAAUAUGAGUUUAUAUCAAAGAAAAGUUUAAAACAUUUAUAUUCUCUUUCCUUCCUGGUCUGUCAUUUUUGCACGUUGGGAUUAAUAUGGUGUAUCCUAAAAUAUUACCCAUGAAUGUUUCUACUUAAUUUUUGAGUAAUCAACAUCUUCUUAAUCUUAUCAUCGACCUCUUAAGCUUUUUCUUUAGACCUUCUUUUUCACUGAGUUAAGGAACUAUUGUUUCUUAUAUUGCAGAUAGGUUGUCCUUUGAGCAAAAUAUAACCAGAGAUUGCUUCUGAGUGAAAAAAAGAGCUUAGUGGUAAUAGAAGGGUUAAGGUUGAUGAUGAUCUUCAAUAUUGUGUAUGUAUGUCUGGUAUGAAACCUGGGUCCCCAUUGCAUAACAUUACCAUCAAUGGUCACUUUACCAUUAAUAGUUACUUCUGUGGAAAACUUGAUUUGAUUGGCUGUUGAGUGAUGUUGCCAUGGUAGUUGAUAUUGAUGGUAAAUUGACCAUCAUUGGUAAGUUUUCUCAAUGAGGGGGACCCGGUACGUCCUCUUUGUAUGAAAGAUAUAUUACUUUGAAGUGGUACAUAUUUACUAGACCAAUGGACAAACUUGUCAUUCUACAUUUCUAUUGUACAGAUUUUUAUAUGGUCAUAGAUGCGACGGUCACUAAAUAUAUAAACAUGUAGAUGAUUACCUAUGUAGUAAGAUUGUAUGAUCUUCAUCAUACGUGUGUAAUUUUUAUACAAAAGUGUGGAAGUAGCAAUUUUUCCCCCAUAUUUGUUAGUAGAAAAAAAAGGGGAGAAUUUACGAAGGCUUUUUCUACCAAAGAUCCAUUUCAGCAACUUGGUAAUAUUUUGCAUUUUUCAUUGUUUAAAAAUUAUAUCUAUCUACCUUUAUAUUGUCGGAGAUAUGAGUGUUAGAGUGUUAUAUAAAAAAUGUGCUUCAAGUUAAGAGACGAUUAAUCCACAAUAAGCCUAUUGGACUCAAAGUAGUUGGCAAGAAAUGGAAUUUAUGAUAACUUGAAUUCAUUAUCUUCUUGAACUUUCAAGUCUUCUUAAGGUAAGGUGAGGAUGGAGGUUUUUUGUUGUUGUCUUCUUUUAUUUUAAUUGUACAUGUAUAUAAAACAGCCCUUACAUUUGUGAUGUACCUUUCUAAGAAUAGAGUGACUGAUAUUAGGAUUCAUUUCUCAUACCAGCAUGAUUAGCUAAAAAAAUAUUACGUUUUUAAUUAAGAUAAUUAAGAUAAUUUACAUUAAUCUUGAUCUAAGGGGACACGAACGAACGAAAUAAGAUAAUGCUUAUAGCCCACCGCACAAUAUAUGAUCUGAUUUUUGGAAGAAUUUCCAAUACGAACAUUCAAACAUGCAAAAUCUUAUUGACCAAGGAUCUGACUAGUCUUGUGGUUAAGAAAAUCUUAAUAUUCAAGGCAUUUCAUGCUUCCUUGGAAGAGGAAGAGCUAACUCGGUUCAGAAUUGUAGUGACAUUUGACCAGUAUCAUAUAGUUUGAAAUGUCUACGAUAUUUGUAGCUGAUACAGCUUUUAUUCUGACUAGAAGAGUUUAAUGCACUAAAAUUGCUGGUUGGAGUAUUCUUAUUAUUAAAAGAUAAGGUAGGAAGAUGAUGUUUAUUUGGCUAUCCUAUCUAGUACAUUUGCCAUUUCUUCAAAAAUCUGAUCGCAGGACGUUCAUGUAUUGUGCAGUGGGCUUAAGAUUUAAAAUGAAGUGGAAGGAUUCUGGGUUUUACACACAGCUUACUUAUACUACAUGUACACAGCACUGUGGAUGCUUAAUCUUUGCAAGUAAGUCAGUCACACCUAAAGUUAUGAGAUUUCAUUUUUUAGAAUAUAUAUUUCUCUUCACGUUUUGUGUUUUCAUAUUCAUUGUUAGAAAACGGUGAAACUCUUCCAUUUUACAUUAGAAUUAUAUGACACCGUUAAGUGAUACUUAUCCCAACUUAUACUGUACCAUACGUGUGGAUUGUGUGUAACCAGCAUCUCCAUUUCAUGACUUGCCAUAUUAUUUGUCUCCCCCAUGUUUCAUUUCUUUGUAACUUCUCUUUGCUCAGCUUAUCACAUUCAAAGAUCAUUGAUACUUGAUUAUUUUUUUUCUUAAAGUAGAAGAAAGAUCAAAAUAUUUUAGAUUCUGCUCUACACAUAUAUAUGAAUCAUGUAUAGUAGUUCUGGUAAAUGAUUGUAAAUCUUUAUAAUGUAAAUUGAUUUGAUAUAUAUUUUGCACAUAGAAUUGUUUUAUAUGUAAUCAAUUUGGAUUGCAAGUGGAGGAAUGCUUAAUGCUAUUAUUAAUACUUUCUUUCCAUCCCUCUCUUGCUUUAAUGCUGGAGAAAUCUUGCUUAUAAUGUGUUAUAUUGUGGACGACUUUGUGCCUUCACGGAGGGGAAUGUGUCUAUGAUAAACAGACAGUAGAGGUUAUUAUAGGACCUGACUAGCUUUAGUCUCAUAUUUGUAGUUUUAAAGAAACAGAAAAUGAACAAUGUCACAUUACAUAAUUGUCUGUGUCCACAAUAAUACUUUGUAGCAUACUUACUAUUAAUAUUUGCAGAACGUCUAUUGAUAAUAAAAUGAAAAACAUUAUACAUAGUAAA